GUGGCUUGGGUAGCAUCGGGGAAUGACCCUUUGGAUAAAUCUUCUUUGUCUACUUCUUGGCGUUUCUCUAAUUUAUCCGAGCCUGUCCGUCCGUGUCUCCUCGUUAAUUUGCUUGUCUGUCCUUCCCUGCUUGUGUGUGUGUCGGUCUGUGUGCGUGUCUGUGCGUGUGCGUGUGUGUGUGAGCGUCCUGUGUGGCUCCCCUCCCCCUUCCUGUGGCUCUGUCCCCCAUGGCUGCCCGGCGCCCUCUGUGUGCCUGGGGGUGUGUGCCCGGCCCCCUGUGGCUGUGGCAGGCUGUGUGGAAGGACUUGUGGUUCGUCAUCAUCUGAGAGGAGGAUUCUGUGCUAAGAUGGGACCCAACAGGCAGAGGAGACCAUGCCGUCCCCAGCAAUGGAUGGACACUGCCGGCAGACUGGCUGACGUGUGAGACCAGUGUGCCAGCCUGCAGGAGUGCCAGCCACCCACUGAGCCAAGAUUAGUCAGCUGGCCUUUCCUCCCAAGACCCGGGGUCCUGACAUCACAACUUUUCAGUUCUCAUUUCUGAAAGAUCUGCAACAACACUGAACUAUUAGUAUGAUCUCCCAGAUGUCUUGCCCUUUGUUCCACUCAUAAGUCACAAAAUCUCAGAAUACUCAUAGGGUUUAGCAGACUUUGGUGAAGACUCGUCACAUACAGUUCUUGGUUACAUGUUAUGAGACAACAUGUCCAGCUCUACAGUGUCCACAUAUCAACAUGACAAAGAUUGGUGUUAUCUAAGCAGCAGUACUUUCUGGUCAUAUUAUAAUUCCUUUGCUUUUGUUACCUAACUCUUUAUCAUCCAUUACUUACAUACAGUAUCUUUAUUUGUUUCCAAAGUGUUUAUUGAUGUUAGCUCCAUAAUGUUUCUCAGCAUUAUUUCCUUUGUCAUACAAAAAGGGAACUGAAAGAAACAUUGAAGGGCUGGAAAGCCUUUUCCUGCUUUUACCUUGACUGUUGUUAUAGCUCUCCAAAAUUACACUUGUUCUGUAGUGAAUAUCAUCCAACUUGUGAACUGAGGCACGUAGGAGACCGUGAGGAUGAAGGGAGAGUGUGAAGGACGAGAGCUGGCUCCUGGGGCACCAGUGAGAGUCGGGGCGGGACUUGUCCCUCAGCACAACAGGGAAGAUGCCUCGGGGAGGAUAGAAGCAGGAGUCAAAAGUUUGAACCAAGACGGUGGCACAAGAAACUUUCUGAUGCCGGCUGUGGUGGGAGGAAACCAAGGCAACGGCACCAGGGGCUUCACUGUGGCAGAGCUCACCAAGGUGGAGAGUGCCGCUCCACCCUUGGGAAGCCUGCAGAUACCAAGUGUCAAAGAUGGUGCCAUCGGGAGCUAUAGCGUGCCAUCCUUCGGGCAGGACUGCCAAGGAAGAGCCAUGGCAAACCUGGCUGAGACCAGUGUCCAAGGGUGGAGUGGGAACAGGGCCACAGGGGCCUUUCCCAGGUUUCCUGGGUUUAUUGGGGAAGGUCAAGGGUACUCUGGUGCCUUAGAUCUGACAAGAGUGAGCCAUGACAUCACCUCAGGGAGCCUGCAUAUGGCAGGUGAUAAGAAAGAAGGACAGGGCGGUAACAUUAAGACGUUGAAUAUGGCGCAGCAAAAGGGAGAGAGCCAUAAUAGUAUUAAAGUUCCACCCACACAAGCUAGUGUGACUGGAAGUAGCAGUGCGAUAAGUACCAAGAGAGAAACCCUAAAGAGUGCAGCUGAAAGAAAUUGUACGGCACCUUCCAAGAGACUGAACCAGGAUGGUGGUGGCAUGAAGCCCCUUGAGGCCGUCAUAAAGAGGCUGAAGCAGGAUGCUUGUGUUGCUGUCAAUACUACCAGUGCUGUGGACACCAAAAGAGUUACUGAAAAUAGUUCUUUGGCUUCAGAAAAUUUGGCAGCUGUCAAGAGAAACAGUCUAGAUGAUGCUUCAGGGAUAACAGGAGUGACUGAUGUCAAGAGAAUGAGGCCAGACACUGCCACAGACACAGCCAAUGUGACACCCGGGGCGAGAGAGAGCCAGAGCAGUGUCAAAGAAACAGUAAACUGUGAAAACUUGAAGAAUCUGAGUCAGGACGCCCCCACAGGUGCUGAGGGUGGAGAAGCUGUAGAGACACAAGGGCAGAACAGCAUCUCAUCAACAGCAGAUGACAGAACAAUAAAUCACAUGAAUCUGAGUCAGGACAGACCCACAAGUGCUGAAGGUAAAGAAGCUACUGAAGCAAAAGGGCAGAACAGCGUCUCAGCAACAGAUGACAAAACAAUAAAUCACAUGAAUCUGAGUCAGGAUGGACCCACAAGUGGUGAAGGUGGAGCGUCAGAAGGGCAGAACAGUGUCUCGGCAGCAGAAGACGUCAAAAAAACAGAUCAGUGUGUUGGCACAGGGUUGGCACAAAUGGAAACCGCAAAGGUAGAGAAGCAAAUCAGUGCCAUAAACAGUAAGGAAGACUCUGAGGUGAAAGAUUGCAUAGAGGAUAACACUAUAAAGCCAUCAACACUGCCUGUGCUGCAAGAAAAAGGGACUGGUACUUCAGAAAGCUUGAACGUCCCCCCUGCAGAAAUGUCAAGCCAAGUACAACCCUCCGAGAGCCCGCCAGUACCAGACAAAGAAAAGGAAACACCCGAAACCCUUGAUGGAGGUGCAGGGGACACAACCACCCUUGCUGGAGGUGCAGGGGACACAACCACCCUUGCUGGAGGUGCAGGGGACACAACCACCCUUGCUGGAGGUGCAGGGGACACAACAACCCUUGCUGGAGGUGCAGGGGACACAACCACCCUUGCUGGAGGUGCAGGGGACACAACCACCCUUGCUGGAGGUGCAGGGGACACAACAACCCUUGCUGGAGGUGCAGGGGACACAACAACUCUUGCUGGAGGUGCAGCAGAGCCUUGCAUCAAGAGCAAGACACAAGACACUCCUGCAGGAGAGCCAAGCAUAGCUGUCAAAGAAGAGGAACAGAAGGAAGAUACUGACAAAGGAAAACUUGUAGAACCCAAGCAGGAGUCGGAGGAAAAGAGGAAGAGUAAUCAAGAAAACUCCACACAAGAGGAUGGUGAGGCUGUGGGCAAGGAGGGUCUGGCGGGUGGUGGCGAGGGCAAGGGGCCGGUGAGUGACCCCUCCAGGCCCCCGGCACCCAAACCCGAGAUGGUGAGCACAGAGACGCAGUGUGAUGCCAGUGGCAUGGGAUCAUACCCGUCGGGCGAGGAUGAGUACGCCUUUAUCAGUGAUGAAGGGGUGCCGGGGGAGUGCCUCGGGGCGUGUGAGCCCGGCAGGAAGCCCUACAAGUGCUGCAAGUGUGACACCUCUUUCCGAACACCCUAUGAACUGUCUCGCCACAGCCGCGUGCACAGUGGGGAGCGGCCGUUCCAGUGCCGCCUGUGUCACCGCUGCUUCAAGAGGAAGGACCACGUGGAGGUGCACAUGCGGCGCCAUGUGGAGGACCGCCGCCACAUCUGUGGUCUGUGUGGCGUCUGCUUUGUGACUUCUUCCUGCCUCCUGCGGCACCAGCGCCGCACCCACCAGGCACCCGGCCCCAAGGUGCCCGGUGAAGGGGAGGAAGGGGAGCUGGAUGGGGAUGCAGGAGACCCAAAGGGGGACAGUAAGGACCAGCCACCGUCCAGGGAUGCCCAGCGCAAUGGCCGGCGCAACAAGAAGAAUAAGCCGGACACGACGUACCGGCCGGGAGGCAAAACCGUGUGUAUCAUCAAGAAACGUAACCUGCGGCAGAGGAGUUACUCCUUCGUGGAACUUGAGGAUGACGUGGAGUGCUUCGAGAGUGACGAGGAAGACCGCAUCCCCUUCCUCAAGGUGCAGGAGCAGCGGCAAGAGGAGGAGAAAGAAGAGUAUGGGGGACAGUCUGGCCAGCUGGAUCACAGCCUCUUUCCUGGCAGCUUGUUCAGCUCUGAUGGCUCCCUGGGACACCUCCUCCUGCUGGGGGAGGUGAGCCGCCUUCUGUCCCACUCGUUGAUCCCUGGGUCUCUGGAGGUGCCUGACAUCCAGGCUAACAAUGGGCCUGAGGUGGAGCGACCCUGGGUGCCGGAGGCAAAUGAAAAUGAAGCAGACUCUGACGACUCUGACUGUGAUCCCCCGCUGGUGGCCUGCGACGUCACCUUCAUGGAGGGGGAGGGGGAGGUGACGGGCCUCUCACAGCCAGAUGACAACCCUCCAGCAGAGGAGGCAAUGCCCCACACAGAGGAACACAAGCCAACACCCCUGAAUGGCCCCUGCCAAGCAACACUCAAAGGUGAGCCAUGCCAGGCAACACCCGGGGCCAAGGAGGGCCAGGGAGCCCUCCACCCACCACCACCACCACCAGGUGAGGGCAGGAUGGCCAGACCUCAAUCUUGCACUGGCCCCCCUCCCUCACCAGCCACCUCGGGGAAGACGGCAGCCUCAACCGCCAACAAGUCGCCAGGAACGGGUGUUGGUGCCAUGGGGGUGCCACGCACUGCCUGGGUGGUGCCCACCAACAACACCAAGGGGAAGAACACCUGCGAUGCGUGCCGCAGGAGGAAUGAGGCAAACCGGCUGGCCCAGAUGGAGAAGGAGCGCCAGACCCAGGCGGCUCAGGAAGCCCAGGAGGCCCCCAAGCCGGUGGAUAUUAAGACAGACGAACCAGAAGGACCUCUUAAAGAAUGCCCAGCCAAAGCCGAGACCAAGAACCCUCCUGCAGCUCCACCCUCAGCCAAGCCCUCAGCCAAGCCCUCAGCCAAGCCCUCAGCCAAACCCUCAGCCCCGCCUCCCUCCAAGCCUCAGAAACCCCGGCCAGCAGCAAGCAAGCGUGGCAGGAAGUCCAGCAGCGCCAAGAAAAGACGGCAAAGCAAGACUGCGGCCAUGGCUGAGAGGGCCGCUGCAGCAGCAGCAGCCCAGCGCCCUCACAAGUGCCACCUGUGUCCCUUCACAUUCAGGUCAGCGACUGAGCUGAAGCGCCACGCCAGCACCCACAGCGGGGAGAGGCCCUUCCUAUGUGAGCUUUGUGGUGCUGGCUUUGUGCGUAAGUGCCACCUGCAGCUACACGUGAGGCGGCACAGCGGGGAGCGCCGCCACGCCUGCCCGGAGUGCCGAAUGCGCUUCUUCACGCCCUCAGACCUGGCCCGGCACCAGGCCAUCCACCAGGUCGGGGAGAAGCCUCUGGAGUGCCACCUGUGCCACCUCACCUUCCGCCGCGCCUUCCACCUGGAGCGUCACAUUCGCCGUCACAAUGAUGCCGCGCCCUUUGCCUGUAAGCUCUGUGGUGCAUUCUUCAGCUCGGCAGCGGCACUGAGGAGCCACGACAAGCACCACCGCACGCCCGGCCCCCACGCCUGCCCCGACUGCACCGCUGCGUUCACCACUGCCACCGCCCUCUCCCGCCACCGCCGUGUCCACUCUGUCCGCCACGACCGCCUCCUGAGGGCUAUCGAGCGUCAUGCCACCGCCAAGUCCAGCUACGAGUGUGUCUCCUCCGAGGGGUCCCCGCUGUCUCUGGUGAUACGCAAGGUGGCCAGCACCACAGGAGCUUCAGGGGAGGGGGGCACUGCACCAGCCAAGGGGACUUCUGACAUGUCCUCAGAGCCAGCACAAGGAGGAGAGGAAGGGGAGGGGAGGAAGGCAGACGGUUCUACUCUCUGUGCGAACGGGGAAAGAAAGGAGGGUGAAAAAAGUGCCUCUAGUCACGCCAUCACAGCCACUGAAAGUGAGGGACAGUCAGAAGGAGGUGAAAACAUCUCCUCCGGCUCCCCUUCCACCAAUAAAGAAAAUCCCUCCAUCACAGAACAAAUGAAAAGAGAAAGUAAAAAUCUUACCUCAACGCCUCUCAGCUCUGCCAAGGCAAAAGAAGAAUCUCAAAACCUCAACUCCAUCCUCUCUACCUUAGAAAAAAUAAACAAGGAUAGUGAAAAAAUUGCCUACACAGAGAAAGUGGAAAGUGAAAAAGUCACCUCCACGGCCUCUGCACCCAGCAAGGGGCUAAGGGCCAAGGGGGAGACGAACGGUGGCAGAUUGACCAAAGAAACCUCAGCUGCCGAGGACGACCCAUAUGUCUUCAAACUCACUGCCGCAGAGAGUCAAGUUGAAAUCAAAAGUGGCAAAAGUAACACAAAGAGAAAUAAGAAAAAUUAUGAAGAAUCAUAUAAGUUCUCCAGCACAAACCGUGGCAAGGAAACCUCCAGUAAAAGCCUGUCCAGCGUCCACACCACAGACAGGGACACGGAGCACAUAGCAGCAUCAGGAAACAAAGCAAUAAACAGGGAAAUGGAACACCUAGAGGGACCAGGGAACCUAACCCCCUGUGGCCCCACCAAGAGGGAAGAAAAGGUCUCCAGUGAGGAGCUGGAAGGUCGGCCUGAGUGUGGCCUCUCUGCCAUGAGCCAAGGAGGGCAAGAGGCUGAGAGAGGAGGUGGCUGCAGCCUCUUGGGCCCCACCAGGAGGGAAACAGAUGAUGUCAAAGAAAUCCACUGCAGGACCACUUACCAUCUGAGUGCUCCAGGUGAAGACCCGGGGAGCAUCCUGCACCGUGGCUCAGGAUGCACCGGUGAGCAGGAGGGCAGCAGGAGCAGCCCGCAGGAUGGACAGACUGGCAGCGUGCGGGAGGGGGUGGCCACCACCAGCUAGCUGCAGAAUGAGAUGAAGCGUAGAUAAAUACAGUAUUCAGGCUACAAAGAGAAAUCUUCUGAGCUUGACCCAAUAUUUUUGUCCCAUAUAAGACUUAAGUUUCAGACAUUUGAGGUAAAAAUGGAGACCAGUGUAAAUUAGGUAUAUAGCUGUGAGGGUUUGGGUACCCACCUUCAUUACCAGAAUCUUUAGGUGUGGGGGGAAGCUCCACCUUACCUCUGUCUUGCUAGUGACACCACAGCUGAAAUAGUUAGUGCAUCGUACACGUGCAGCCUCAAAGAACUCUCCCUCCCACUCAGCGCCGGUGAGUGCAACAAAGUGCAAAGGUAGACAGUUAUCGGAGAGCAACCAGUGAUGUGCAAAGAUGGUGUUGGCUAAGGACACUUACUUGCUGUUUAGUAGUUUACAGUGUGAGCAAUGAGAAGACUGUGAUAAGUUAGAUUUUAUUGUUGACUGAUAAUACAAAUUAUUACAAAUUGUCUAUCAUAAGGAGAAGUUUAGCAAAACUAUAUUGAGUAUACCUAUUGGCAUUACUUUAAGGAACUGAAUUUUGGCAAUAUAUGAAAUGUGGAUUGCCAAUGAAAUUUAAAAUUGUUGUUCAAGUAGAGACAAUCUAUAUUUUUUGGAAAACCUUGUUCUAACAGAAAGGGAUGCAACAGAGAUCAGGUUCUUGGAGAAAUUCAACAGCCGUCUCACUUGAAUUUAUCCAUGCAAAGAUUAUGUGAUGAUUCAGUGACCCAACUUAUUCAAGUCACAGUGUGCCUCUCAUACUCAGUACAGUCAGUGUUAGAAUCUGGUUUUCCUGCAUGCCGUAACAAAGAGAUGCCAUACUAGCUAACCGAUAUAGCACUGAAGAGUAGACGAAUACGUGUAGAGUGUGAGCAACAUGGUACAGGAGGUGAUGCAAUUUGGUGAGUGUCUCAGCCCGUGGUGGACAUUUUAACCUGAGAAUCUCCUUCCCAGAUCACUAUAUUUAAGGUCGGUAGCAGCCCCUUGAUCAGGCAGCUGACUACUGCCUGCUGGAGUGGGCUGUCUCAUUAGCCGUAGGUAUGUUGGGUAUUUUAUAAACAAAUUCACCCCAGCAUUAUGUUACAUGAAAGCUUGACACACUGUUGCAGUGAAAACAAAGCUAUGCAGGAGUUUCUUUUAAAUAUUUCUACAUUUAUUUGUACACACACUUGCAAGAACCAUAGCUGCUUGCAGUGUUUUGUUGGGGUCGUGCAGCUCUGUGCCCAGUGCUUGUAGUGAGUUGUAGGCAGCUCGUAGGCUUUGUACCGCUGUUGUAGAACCCACAGGAACCUGCAGAUGUAGUUGUGUGUAGUGUAGUCAAGUAACACUUUAUUCUCAGCUUACAGCGCAAAACUAAUGUGUCUUUCACCGCAUAGCUUGGAGUGAGUGUCGACUGAGUGAGUGAGUGAGUGAGUGCGUGCGUGCAUGUGAGCGUAGCUAGGGUGGAGGGGCUGGGUGUGUCCUCGGGUAGCGAUACACUGAUAGUACCUGACUGUGACGCGCAUGAGCUGUCAGCCAGACAACUUCACUGGGAGUUAGACUGUCACUGUGUCCUCCCCAGGUUGUGUUGCUGUUGUCCUUCUUUCUCUCAUUUCCUCUUGUACUCACUUUUUGUUGAAUGACAGAAUUAUAUUAAAAAAAAUUGCAUGGUAAAUUUGUUUUAUAUAUUGAAUAGUUUUAUAAGAGAAUUAUCAAAGCCAUUGUUGAUAACUGAAAGGAUAUUUAUAUUUUAUUUACUUUUAUAUAGUUAAUGAAUUUUGUAUUUGCACUUCUAUUAUACAGUCAGAGACAAAAUAUGGAGCAACAUUGAAUUGGAUAUUUGAGUCUAGUGCAAUUGAAAGAGUUGUUCAAUUAUUGCAUUUCUUUCUUCAUUCAGUGCUUAUAUAUAUUACACCCUUACACACACACACACAUACAUACAUACAUACAUACAUUCAUUAGAUCUUUAACUUCACAUGUCAGAAGAUAAUUGAUGUAGUCUUCACCUUCUUAACACACACAUACAUACAUACAUUCAUUAGAUCUUGAACCACACACAUCAGAAGAUAAUUGAUGAACAGUCUUCACCUCCUUAACAUAUACAUACAUACGUACGUACAUACAUUCAUUAGAUCCUGAACCACACGUCGGAGGAUAAUUGAUGUACAGUAUUCACCUUCUACAGUAUUGUCAUGUUCCCAGGUUAUCAUUCCAAAUCAAGAUGUUCUCACACCAGCUGUUCACAUUAGUUGCUGUGUCCGUCUGUCCUCCCCUGAGCGGCCGGCCUCGGCGCCCCUCCUUGGCUGCCCUGUAGUGUAGAGGCCAACCUUAUGGGCAUUGAUUUGCAAACGUUUUGUUAAGAGCCACCUCUAGUGAACCAGUGUGCUUCGUGCUGUGUAGCGGUGACAUAAACAGUAUCAUUGUUA